UCAACGACCGCCGUAACGACAGAGCCAGCAAUUUAAACUCGUACUAGAAACUUGUUUUCCAAAAGGCAGAAAGGGACAAGGCAACCGCUGCCUGGGGACGUCUGCAAUAGAAUUCUGCCUCGGGUUUUUCUUUUUUAAAUCGUUUUUUAUUGCAUUCUAGUGAUUAAAUGGUAGUCAACGCUUGCUUCGAAUUUUUUGUUAGUUUUGCCGUAAAUUGACGCGUAUAGAAAAGGUUAGCUUCGAAGGCUAAACUAACGUCGGUUGAGUUGGAGGUUAAGCGAUACUAACUUUAGCCUCUGUUUGCGUUUUUCGCGUUCCGACUUCACUGGAGUUUUAUUAGACGAGGAAACAGCACUUUCUAGCAACCAUGAGUGCUGGUAUCGCUAAGCCGGCGCACCCGUCCGGACACGUCGACCCAAAGUCGGCUCCUCUUAAAGAAAUCCCAGAUGUUUUGGUGGAUCCCCGCACCCUGAGGAGAUAUUCGCGGGGCCGCUUCCUCGGCAAAGGCGGCUUCGCCAAAUGCUACGAAAUCACAGACAUGGAGACCAAGCAGGUCUUCGCUGGUAAAAUAGUGCCCAAGUCGUUGAUCCUGAAGCAGCACCAGCGGGAGAAGAUGAGCUCGGAAAUCGCCAUUCACAAGAGCCUCGACCAUGCUAACAUCGUGGGCUUCCACGGCUUCUUUGAGAACGAGGACUUCGUCUUUGUGGUGCUGGAGAUCUGCAGGAGAAGGUCCCUGCUGGAGCUGCACAAGCGCAGGAAGGCAGUCACAGAACCGGAGGCUCGCUACUAUAUGACCAAGCUGCUGAAGGGGGUCCACUACCUGCACACCAACAAGGUCAUCCACAGAGACCUGAAACUGGGGAACAUCUUCCUCAACGAUGAUAUGGAAGUCAAGAUAGGUGACUUUGGUUUGGCCACAAAGAUUGAGUUUGAUGGCGAGCGGAAGAAGACCUUGUGUGGAACGCCCAACUACAUUGCUCCUGAGGUGCUGUGCAAGAAAGGCCACAGCUAUGAAGUAGAUGUCUGGUCACUUGGGUGCAUAUUGUACACUUUGUUAGUGGGAAAGCCUCCGUUUGAAACCUCAUGCCUUAAGGACACCUACAACCGGAUCAAGAAGAACAAUUACACCAUCCCCUGGCACAUCAACCCGGCGGCGUCGGCUCUCAUCAAGAGGAUGCUGCAUGCUGACCCGGCCCAAAGGCCCACCAUCACUGACCUGCAGACGGAUGAGUUCUUCACGUCGGGUUACGUCCCACUGCGGCUGCCCACCACUUGUCUCACAGUGCCUCCUCGGUUCUCCAUCGUCCCCUCCACAGCUGCAGAGCUCAGCCAGAGGCGCCCCCUGACCGCCAUAAACAACAAAGGUGGCACAGAGAAGGUGGACAUGAAAGACGAGCCGGCUCCACUAGAGCCAGAGCCAGAAGAAUGCUACCUGAAGGACAUGCUGCAGCAGCUCAACAGCUUCAUCUCUGCCAAGCCUUCAGAGAAGGCGAUCAUUCGGCAAGAGGAAGCAGAGGAUCCUGCAUGUAUUCCCAUCUUCUGGAUCAGCAAAUGGGUGGACUACUCUGACAAAUAUGGAUUAGGAUACCAGCUUUGUGACAACAGCGUGGGCGUUCUGUUCAAUGACUUCACCCGACUCAUCAUGUAUGCUGAUGGAGACAGUCUGCAGUACAUUGACAAGAAGGCUGCAGAGUCUUAUUUAAGCGUUCGCUCAGUCCCUGCUUCUCUCAACAAGAAGAUUACAUUACUGAAAUAUUUCCGCAACUACAUGAGUGAGCACCUUCUGAAAGCCGGUGCCAACAUCGCGCGCCGUGAAGGAGAUGAACUGGCCCGGCUGCCUUACCUCUGCCUCUGGUUCAGAACCAAGAGCGCCAUCAUCCUGCACCUCAGCAACGGAACAGUUCAGAUCAACUUCUUCCAAGACCACACUAAGCUGAUCCUGUGUCCGCUGAUGGCCGCAGUGACCUACAUCAACGAGAAGAGAGACUUCCGCACCUACAAGCUCUCUCUGCUGGAGGAGUUUGGUUGCAGCAAAGAACUAGCCAGUCGCGUGCGUUACGCCAAACUCAUGGUGGAGAGGCUGCUGGAAACCAAACCCACGCCGGCGGCGCAGUAGGUCAGCUCUGCCACUACGUGAUCGGUCAAAUCUGGCUCUGUCAGAGCAGAACUUCAAUAUUUCACUGAGGGAGACCUCCCUUGUUCUAUUUUAAGAUUUGACAUUCAUAGAAUUUGUUUUUUUAUUAUUAAUAUUGAAUGUCAAGCUCCAAAAAUGAGUUAAUAAAAAGUUUCACUCUUUUAUAAAAAAAACCCCUUGGUGCUUCUACUGACAUCUGCUGGAUCAUUGCAGCAUAGCAGAUCUUACACCAUCUCCAGUCUUGAGGGCAAUCUUGAAAGUUAUUUUGUUUACAAGUUAUCUUUUUUUUGCAAUUGGAAACAUUGUCUUUUAAUCUGAAGGCUGCAAGGACAAAAGUAUGUGAAGAAUGAGAUUCUGGCUGGUUGAAAACUUUCCUGUGUGAUUUCUCCAGUUUGUGUGUUUGUUUUUAUCUGUCUGAAGAAGUGGACCAUGUUAAUGUCUUCAUCAUGUACAUUGUUCCUGCAGUUUCCCUGCUUUUCUUUUUAAAUGUUCUGGUUCUUUUCUUCAACAGAAUAUACAAACUUGUACAUAGUACUGAUUACUCCUCUACAUGGUGUAAAGUUUCCUAUGAAUAAAUAAAGACUUUCUUCCUUUAGGCA